UUGGUCAGUUUGUGUGGUAUGCAAAUAACACAGCCGUACGUCACAUCCUGAACUUCAGCGCCAUUUUUUCCGUCACGGCAAAGAAAGGGGACAAAAAGCCCUGCAAAAAAUUGCCAAUGUCCUUGUCCUCGGUUCACUAACGAGUAACGACGUGUUUUAAAAGCCCCUAAGCGGCCGCACAGACGCACGGGAUGCGCUUCCGCUGAGUGCGACGGCGGAGGAAGACGGAGAGAACUCUGCGGGCGGGCGAGUGUUGUCGCUGGGGGACGAGUGGAGGAAGUGGGGUGAACGCAGUGCGAGCAUAGCCGAACCCUACCUCGGAGCCCGGAGCAGAAGGACGUGAACAACAAUGUAUCAGCUCCCGGUGAACAACUUGGAGAAGGUCCGCAAGGCGCGCAAGGCGGUGAAGAACGUGUUGAGUGAAAUCGGCCUGGAGGACUGCCAGAAAUUUCUUGAGGAGCUGGAUGGUAAAAAGAUUGAGGAAGACUCAGAGGAAGAGGAUCCUUUGCUGGGGACUGAGUGGACCGACUUCACUGACGGAUACAACGGACGACUACGUAAGAAGUGGCCUUACCGCUCUCGCACCAUGUGCUGCAUCAUGUGCAAGUACUCGUCCAAGAACAUCUACCACUACCGCAAUCAUGUGGCGCGCUGCCACGAGUACCUACAGCGCCUGUGCUCGCUCACCUCCUGCCAACGGUGUAUUUUCGUGGCCCACCCGCGCGCCGUCAAGAAGCACAUCCUACUCUUCCACAGCGGGCGUGCAACCGAUUCGGCGGUGCCGGUGGCACCGUCUAGCGUGGCGACCACUACGACGACGACGACGACGGCAGUGGCGGGUGGCGCAAUUCACCGAGCCAUUGAGCGCUACAAGUGCAGGAAGUGCUCCUACCCGUCACAGUCUGUCUUCGCCAUCAAGAAGCAUAUCAUCCUCAAGCACAUGGAGGGUGUGGCUGAACAAUACAUUGGGUACCGGCAUCCGAUAGCGGGUUCCAACGCCAAGCUUUACUGCUGUAAAGCGUGCACCGUCAACACAGGCAACCUGGACCAGAUGCUGCACCACUUGCUGGUGGACCCCAAGCACUACAGCAUCAGCACGCAGGUGCAGGCGAUGAUCUAUGACAACAAGGCGGGUCCCGCUGCUGUCCCCCGGGCCAUCUCCACAGCUAACGGCAACGGUCUCUAUGUCACGUUACCCAACCUGGCGCCCAAGCCGAUGAACAGCAAGCCCUUUGUGGUGCCCAGCAACGGGCAGCCCGGCAGCGGCACUGUGGUGGCCUUACAGCAGCUCCAAGGGGCGUCCAACAGUGCCACCCUGAUCUGCGCUCCUGGGAGCAACCAGGCUUUCCUGCCCCCACAGGCGUCGGCAUUGGUGCAACUGGCGAGCGCCGAGGCGAAGGGUUUACUCCAGCCCGGUGCCACCAUCUCCCUCCGGGGAUCCUCGGUUGUGCAAUAUCCUAGCGUGAAGCCGCCGACCCCGGCGGUAGUGGCCUCGCCUCAAGCGCAACAGGUCCUGGUCCCGGCACCUAAACCUGCUGUCGCGCAGGUGCCACCGGCCAACCAGGUGACUCUCCAAGGCACUAUGCUAACCUCCCAGUCGCUGCUGAGCCACCUCAUCCCCACCGGCAACCGCGUCAACGGCAUGCCCACGUACACCUUCGCGCCGCUCCAGGUGGCGGUGCCCGUCACGCAGAGUUCCACCAAGCCCACUGAACAGACCAGCAACCAGGCCAAGAAGUGGAUCACCUGCCCUCUCUGUAACGAACUCUUCCCUAGCAACGUCUUCGACAUGCACAUUGAGGUCGCCCACCAGACCAAGUUGGCCACGGCCCGCACGGAGAGCCUGGCGAGCCGAGCGGCAUUCCUCAAGAAGAUGCCCGACAAGACCAUCAAGUGUCUGACGUGCAAGGUGCUGCUGUCCGAAAGGAGCGUCCUGCAGCACCUGCUCCACGGCCUCAGCUGUCUCUACUGCUCCACCUUAUUCUUCUCAGUCAAGCAGCUGGCCGAGCACGUCAAGAAACACAACCCCACCGGCAAGCUUUACUGCGACUUCCUUCGCCAGAACUACAAGAUCUACACUAAGAGCAACGCCGGCCUCCUGAUACCAUACUUUGACGUCACCACCGAGGCGCCGCAGGAAAUCCUCGGGGAGUGCGAAGUCAACCUGGCUCUGGUCACCAGCUCUCUGGAGCUCAUCUACGUCAAGCUGCUGCCGAGCAGUCGGUCCGAAGUCUGCACGGCGCCCGUCAAAGUCAAUGCCUCCUGCUGCCCCUUCUGCAAUGAGAAGUUCCAGGCGGAGUCCAAAUACCUGCAGCACCUGAAGCAGAAACAUUUGGUGGCUCCCACCAUCCACGCCAUCCUCAAAACCGAUGCCUUCAAAUGUAUCUACUGCAACGGGGUCUACACGGGCAAGGUGACCCAGCAGGCCGUCAUGCUGCACAUCCAAAGAUGCCGCUGUUCCCCGAAGCCACCGCAGGUUCCCAAAAUCACAGCCCCGCCGCCUCAACUGGUGACCAAAGCCCCUCAGGCGCCUCGCCAGCCCUCGGGCCUCUACUUCCUCCAGGUGCCCCAAACCGUGACGGUGAAACCGCUGCAACCGAAGCCACCGCCGCAGAACAAAGAUCAGCUCGAAUCCACCAAGAGGCUGGAGGCCGCCUUGAAGCAGGUCAUCGAGAUCAACAAGCGGGAGCGCGAACAGAGAGCGUCCGUGCGCCGGAAGGAACCGCCGGAACCCGAAAUGGAAGCGGACCCCAAAGUCAAGCUGGCGCUGGAGCCGCUGCCGCAGGACCGCCGCGGGUACGAGGAGCGGCGUGACUUCAUCGCCCGCUACUUCAACCUCCGGCCGUACCUUAACCGCAUCGAGACAGAAGAGCUGUGCCGCCGCCUGUCGCUCAGCAAGUCGGAGCUGGUGGCGCUCUUCAGCAAGAAGCGCAUCCGCUGCAUGAAGAGCUUCAGCGGAAGCACGGCCACCGUGCUCUUGGGCUUCGACAUGGCCCGACUGGCGCGGCUGCAGCACCCGCUCGACAUUCCCGAGCAGAGGGUCGUCGAGACAAGGGAGAUUCAGUUAGACGAGCUGCCGGAGUUAACGGAGGACGCCACGACGCAGCCGGCCGAUGCCGCCGAGGCGGCACUUGAACCGGAACCGAUGGAUGAAAGCGGGAUUGACAAAACAGCUGCUGAGGUGCCUAUGGAGCAAAAUAAUUGACAUGAGAAGGAUACUUUGAAAGCCCCAGACAUGACAUAGGAUUUGUUCAAAAUUUCCAAACUCUCCCAUGAGUAGCAAAAAAA